AUGUACGAUGUCGAGCAGAUUCCCCAUAAACGGGGCGGGGAUCACGAGACCAACGGCCGUGCCGACGGGGCCAAGAAGCUGAAGUACGAGGACGUCAGCAUGGACGAUGGAGAUGAGGAGUUUGUGGCCGAGAUCGAGGCUGGAGAUCACCCCAAAUGGCAGCAUAUUGUCGAGACAGUGGUCAAGACGGUGGUUUCUAUCCAUUUUGCACAGGUGGUCAGUUUCGACACCGAAAGCGCGCUGUGUAGCGAGGCCACCGGGUUUGUGGUGGACGCGGAGCGCGGAAUCAUCCUCACAAACCGCCACGUUGUUGGACCAGGGCCCUUUAUCGGUUACGCCGUGUUCGAUAACCACGAGGAAUGCGAGGUCAAACCCAUCUACAGAGACCCGGUUCACGAUUUCGGGUUCCUCAAAUAUAACCCAAAGGAUAUCAAGUACAUGGAGGUGCGCGAGCUCCAGUUGAGACCGGAUCUGGCCAAGAUUGGAGCCGAGAUCAUGGUUAUCGGUAACGACUCUGGUGAAAAGCUGUCGAUUUUGUCUGGAUUUAUCUCCAGACUCGACAGAAACGCUCCAGACUACGGAAUCAACUCCUACAACGACUUCAACACCGAGUAUUUGCAGGCUGCUGCCUCAGCCUCGGGCGGAUCUUCGGGAUCUCCCGUGGUGAACAUUGACGGACACGCUGUUGCUCUGCAGGCCGGUGGAAACACAGAGACCUCGACCGACUUCUUCCUUCCUGUCUACCGUGUCCUACGUGCCCUGCGCUGCAUCCAGAGCGGCCAGCCCGUCACGCGCGGAACUAUCCAGGUCCAGUGGCUUUUGGAGCCGUUUGACAAGUGUCGUCGUCUGGGUCUGCGUCCAGACUCGGAGAAGCUCAUGAGAGAGACGUUUCCUGAACUGAACGGGCUUCUUGUUUCGGCCGUUACGCUUCCACAAGGGCCUGCUGACGGGCUCAUCAAAGAAGGUGACUGUUUGAUAUCGGUGAACGGACAGCUCAUAUCCACGUUUAUCACCGUGGACGAGAUCCAAGACUCCAACGUUGGCAACGAGAUCGAGAUCGUGAUUCAGAGAGGAGGUAAGGACAUCACUGUGAAGUGCAAAGUUGGCGAUCUUCAUGCAAUCACGCCAAGUCGGUACGUCAAUGUUUGUGGAGCCACGUUCAACGAUUUGAGCUACCAAAUGGCCAGAAUAUAUGCAAUUGCCGUGAAGGGGGUCCAUGUCAGCAACGCUUCGGGCUCCUUUGUGCUGGGCCAAAACGUUCCGAACGGCUGGCUUCUGGACGAGGUGGACGGAACAGAGGUGUCGAAUCUGGACGAGUUUGUCGAGGUGAUGAAGAAAAUUCCCGACAAGGCGUUUGUCACGCUGAAAUGCCGCCAUCUCACAGAUCUCCACGUUCCACUUAUCAAGUUUGUCCAGAUCGACCGCCAUUGGCACUCGAGUUUUAGACAGGCAGUGAGAAACGACGAGUCUGGUCUUUGGGACUUCAAAACUUUGCAAGAAGACGCUCUGCCUCCACAACCGCUCAACCCCACCGAUGUCAACUUCGUGGGCAUCCCCACCGAGUUUUCUGGAUGUCAAUCGCUGGACAGAUCGCUGGUUCUGUGCAAGAGCACCAUUCCUCUUCCACUGGACUCUUCCAACGUCCAGUCGCGCAAAGCCUACGGCGUGGUCAUCGAUGCCACCAACGGGUACCUGCUUACUUCCCGGUACUGUGUGCCGCAUGAUCUACUUGACGUGACUGUCACUGUGGCCGAGUCGGUCUUUCUGCCAACAAAGGUUGUGUUUCUGCACCCAACCAAAGGCUAUGCUAUUUUGAAAUACGACCCAAAGCUGAUCUGCGAGAGACUGCUGACUCCGCAGUUUUCGUCGCAGCCUCUCAGACGAGGCGAGAAGGUCACUUUUGUCGGCUACAACAGAGCGUCCCGCGUGCUGGUCGAAGAGACCAAAAUUAGCGACAUUGGACUGAUCCACCUGCCAAAUAACGUCACGUGCCCGCGUUUCAAGGCAUCCAACUUCGAGGCCGUACUGAUCGACUCCAACUUGGGGCAGCAGUACAGCUCGGGUGUGCUUUGCGGCCAGGACGGAGCCGUGCGCGCGUUCUGGCUGGCAUUCGAGGCCGACGAGGAUAAAACAUACUCUAUGGGUCUGGACGUUACAGACGUGCUCUGGGAGCUGGAGAAGCUCAAGACCAACAACGUUCCGGACGUGAAGAUCGUGGACGCGGAGUUUGGCAACAUCUCGAUCGUCAACGCGCGCAUCAGCGGCGUGACAGAGCAGGCAAUCAAGGAGCUGGGAGUAGCGUCCUUCGACCAGCCGCGGUUUUUGAGCGUUUCGAAAGUCAGCGUGGCUCUCGAGAACACACAGUCAUGCGGCCUGAAACACGGAGACAUCAUUCUCAAAGUGGGCGACGAGUCUGUGUCCUACACUGUGACGCAGUACCGUGAUAUUGAAAAAGCCAUCAGAAACCGCAAAGAUCACAGCAACAACACUCUUUCUUUCAAAAUCGUCAGAAACAAACAGCUAUUGGACAUUGACGUGUCGCUGUCGAACGGCAGCUCGUUUGUGACCAAACACCUGGUCUAUUGGUCCGGUGCUCUGCUGCAAGAGCCUCAUCACGGAGUCAGACAGGUGAUCAAACAACUGCCGUCGAAAGUCUACUGCACAGCCAUGGCAUCGGGAUCGCCAGCCAGACUGUACACGAUCGGCGUCACAAACUUUAUCACCCACGUUAACGAGCAACCAACUCCAACGUUGGAAGAGUUUGUCAAGGUGGUGAAAAGCAUCAAAGAUAAUACAUAUUGCAAGCUGAGAAUCGUCUCAUUCGAUAACGUUCCGUUUGCACAAACGUUCAAAGUCAACUACCACUACUUUGAAACCAUGGAGAUGAAAAACGAAGGAGAAUGGCGCGAAUACGGCCAGCUAGACUCAUCGUCUUUAUAA